AUGGCAACCCAGCAUUCGAUCGAUACGUGCUUUCUCCCAUUCCACGGACAACGCAACCAAGCGACUCGGGUACGUAGCUUGGAAGAAGAUACUCCCGGUUAUUCCGAUGGUGGCCACGAUGGAUCUCUAGAGAGGGCUUACUGUUUAAUGGCGGUAACUAUUUUGAUCAUGAGGGUUGUGAAUAUGAGGAAUCUUACUGUUCAACCCGGAAUCUUCGGAUGUUAG